AUGAUUCAGAACCAAACAAAGGAUGAUUAUCAUCAUGAUAUCACAGUCCAAAUAAGAAUAAAGAAAUUUAAAGGGGAAAAACAUCUUAAAAUAAGUUUGAGAAUAAAAGAGAAAUUAAAUAAGAAAACACAACUCAGAAACUGGCUAAUUGGAUACAACAAUAUAAUACAAUGGUUUAGAAUUAAAAUCACAGAAAAUCCAAAAUAUAAGCAAAUCAUUACCCGCCAUUCGAAUUCAGAGGUUUACUUCUUCACCUCCCUUUGUCUCUCGCCGUCGCCGCCACUCACCAUCGCAGUCUCGUGCGCUCACCACCGUCGUCUCGUGAGCUCGCCGUCGCAGCUCACAAUCGUCGUCUCGCGCGCUCACCGUCGGUGCUCCCAAUCGUCGCAAGCCUCCUUGGCUCAUCAUCAUAGCUCAUAUCGUCGUCUCGUCGCUCACCAUCUGUCGAAGAAGGUGCCUGUGGCUAUGAUGAUGAUGAUGAUGAACAACAAUGGCCAAACGAGGCAGAAAUGGAAUGCCUUCCUCGAUGCUGAUUGGUCACUGAUUGAGAAGACUAGAAGACUAGAAGAAAUACAUUUGUGCUUGGAAGUCAAGGCACUGCAAUCAUUGCACCUAAACCAAUUCGCGCGACUCCUGCUCGCAAAACCUAAGUUAAAUUGUCUUUGUAAAAGUUCUAGUCCAAACACAGUAAGAGGGGGAGGGGGGGAGGAGAGUUAGCGAGAAUAGCUUGUU